AUGCCCUCACAAGAUACCUUGGAUCUGCUGGCGCGUCUCAAAUCCGCAGCCUUCCCUGGCGUGCCCACAGAGAACCUGCCCGAAAAGUUCGAGUUACCAGAGUCGAUCAUUGGACCUCAAACAUUCGACAAAAUCAAACAGGACAUCGAGCGAGAACACCUCUUCCCAAGCAACACCUUCUCGACCGAAUGGCUCAACAAAUGUCAGGAGGUCUUUGAUCGCGACCAAGAGUUCACGACCCUUCUCUCGCUCGACCCCUCACCCGCGGAAUCAACCAUUGCCCUGGAACCCCACAAUGUCUAUGGCGAGCGUGCGGGAUAUUACGAAAAGGACCUGCGGACGACACAUCUGGCCGGCACCAAUACUGUGGCCUCGACAUCGAUCAUGACCGCUAAGAACUCGACCAGUUUCUCGCGUGCACCAGGCAAGAGAGCCGAUUUUGUCAGAGGAAAAGCUGGGUAUUUUCCCUUUACGCCUGGUGGAUUGGAUCCGGAAGAGAUCAAGGGCGCCAGUGUCUUGGAAAAAGAGAAGGAGGCGCUUGGAAUGGAUGACGUGGAUAUCGCACGGGCGAUUGUUGAAGACUUGUCUUUGGGAUCCGAGGGCUUGUUGACUAAACCACCAGGGUUCAGCAGAGGAUUAUUCUCAGAUCAAGAUGCAGAUGACAAGAUGGAGGCAGAGAUGGGCAAGGACGGAGCCAUGUUCAACAUUGCAGAUAUCCUCGCAGAGCAAGAUAUGGAUGAGGAGGCCGACUUUGAGGCAUUGAUGGACCCAGUUCCGCGUCCAGCCCAGGAAGAGCCUGAGGCAAUGACCGCAACAAUGACAGCAAACGAGACGACGCAACCGCAGACUGAACCAAAGACAGAGACCUCAGACGAGGUGGACGCCAUCCUUGACACUGUUAUCCCAGUAGCAGCACCCAAGCGGACCAUCACUGCAGCGCAGACUAAGAGUCGCGAGUGGGCACAUGUUGUGGAUGUGAAUGAAUCCUUUGACGACUUCCACACGCUCGUACCGGAGAUGGCACAUCCCUUCCCAUUCGAACUCGACACCUUCCAGAAGCGAGCGGUCUACCAUCUGGAAAAGGGCGAAUGUGUCUUUGUGGCGGCCCACACCAGUGCCGGAAAGACCGUCGUGGCAGAAUAUGCAAUCGCGUUGGCGGCCAAGCACAUGACCAAGGCCAUCUAUACCUCACCCAUCAAGGCGCUUUCGAAUCAGAAGUUCCGGGACUUCAAGGGCACGUUCGAGGAGGUUGGUAUCCUAACAGGAGACGUGCAGAUCAACCCGGAGGCGUCGUGUCUGAUUAUGACGACGGAGAUUUUAAGGAGCAUGCUGUAUCGAGGUGCGGAUUUGAUCCGCGAUGUCGAGUUUGUGAUCUUUGACGAGGUCCACUAUGUGAACGAUCUGGAGCGUGGAGUUGUCUGGGAAGAGGUUAUUAUCAUGCUGCCGGCACAUGUUACCCUGAUCUUGCUCUCGGCCACAGUACCCAACACCAAGGAGUUUGCAGACUGGGUCGGACGGACAAAGAAGAAGGAUAUCUAUGUGAUCAGCACUCCGAAGCGUCCUGUCCCGCUCGAGCACCACUUGUUCGCCAACCGGGAGGUCUACAAGAUUGUCGACGCGAAGCAGACCUGGCUCAAUCUCGGCUACAAGAACGCAGUCGAUGCCCUCUCAAAGAAGGAGGCCGACACAAAAUUGGCACUGCGAGGAGGUCGCGGAGGCGGAGGUGUAGGACGCGGUGGUGGUGGAGGGCGUGGAGGGAAUACCGGAGGAGGUGGUGGUGGCUGGAGGAACGACAAGCAGGACAAGAACCUGUUUACACAUUUGGUUGGAUACCUGAACAAGAAGCAGUUGUUGCCCGUGGUUGUGUUCACAUUCUCGAAGAAGAAGUGUGAGGAAAAUGCGUCGGGACUUUCGAGCACAGAUCUGAUGACCUCGUCGCAGAAGAGUGAGGUGCAUGUGUUCUUUGAAAAGUCGCUCGUGAGAUUGCACGGCACCGAUCGCGAGUUACCACAGAUUCAGAGAAUGCGGGAUCUAUUGAGCAGAGGUAUCGCGGUCCAUCAUUCUGGACUCUUGCCGAUCAUCAAGGAGAUGGUCGAAAUCCUGUUUGCGCGCGGAUUGGUAAAGGUUUUGUUCGCUACUGAAACCUUUGCGAUGGGUGUGAACAUGCCUGCCCGUACUGUCGUGUUUUCGGGUAUCCGCAAGCAUGACGGACGUAGUUUUCGCAAUCUCUUGCCAGGUGAGUAUACCCAAAUGUCGGGUCGUGCUGGAAGACGUGGUCUGGACUCAACAGGAUUGGUUAUUAUCGCAUGCAAUGGAGAUCCGCCAGAGGCAACCGAGCUGCAAGAGAUGUUGUUGGGCAAGGCCACAAAGUUGUUAUCGCAGUUCCGAUUGACGUACAACAUGAUUUUAAACUUGCUUCGCGUGGAGGCGCUUCGAGUCGAGGAGAUGAUUAAGCGCAGUUUCUCAGAGAACACGGCUCAAAAGGCCAUGCCCGAGAAGGAGAAGCUAUUUGCUGAGAGCGCCAAGUCAAUGGAAAUUCUCAAGAAACUGGAUUGCUUUAUAUGCAACAAGGACAUUGAUGAAUUCUAUAACAUGUCCUCCAGGAUGGUAAUCAUCAAUCACCAAUUGAUGGACCGGAUUGUGAGGCAAACAUUCGGUCUCAAGGCUCUGAGCGCCGGCCGUGUGGUCGUUUUGAAUAGCAGUUUCCAUAGAAAUACUCUUGCUGUUAUUCUAAAGACGGUGGCGGAGGCGGACAUGGCGGCCAAGCAAUCCAAAUCGUUCUGGUGCUGUAUCCUUACUGAACCAAAACAAGAUAAACCCGGUGUGGACAAGGACGUUCUUGUUCCGGUUACGCAGCUGAAGACGCCGAGUGAGCAGGAGAGCAGCCAGGUGGUCGAGGCCGUAGCAUACCAUGACAUCUUUACUAUCACGGACACGAGUCUACAGGUAGAUGUGGAAGCGAUCAUGCGAAAGGAUGUUCAGGCGGUGACGAAGGUCCGGAGGGAUUUGAUCCGCUAUGUGGAAGAAAUUGAGGAACGACAGGCGGGCCUGGUAACAGAGUUUAACUGGAGCAAGAUCAAGGAUCUGGAAUUCCGAGAGUAUCUGGCUCAGAAGCAGGCGUUGUUCGGAAAGAUCCUGCAGUGCCAGUGUAAUAAGUGUCCGGAUCUGAAGGCUCAUUAUGCAAUGAUCCAUCAGGAGCGAGAGCUGCAGUACAAACUGGAGGAGUUGCAGCGGACAAUCUCUGAUCAGAACCUCGAGCUGCUGCCGGACUACCACCAAAGAGUCGCAAUUCUCAAAGAACUGAAUUAUCUCGAUCCCGAAAACUCGACUGUUCAACUGAAGGGUCGUGUGGCCUGUGAGAUCAACACCGCAGACGAAUUGAUCCUGACAGAGCUGAUCCUGGAUAACAUGCUAUCAGAAUUCGAGCCAGAGGAGAUCGUGGCGCUGUUGUCGUGUUUCGUCUGUCAGGAGAAGAAUGCGUCGGAGCCGGUGUUGACACCGCAGUUAGCGAAGGGCAAGGAGAUGAUCUUGGCCAUCGAAAUGAGGAUGGCAGAGGUGCAGAAGGCACAUGGGCUGGAGUCUGCGACGGCACCGGGGACGUCGGCAUUGAGGUUUGGACUGGCGGAGGUGGUGUAUGAGUGGGCGAGGGGGAUGACGUUCAAGCAGAUCACGGAGCUGACAGAUGUUCAGGAGGGUUCGAUCGUGAGGACGAUCCAUCGGCUGGACGAGACGUGUAGCGAAGUGAGAAACGCGGCGAGGAUGAUUGGAGAUGCGGCCCUGUACACGAAGAUGGAGUUGGCUGGCCAGGCCAUCAAACGCGAUAUCGUCUUUGCGGCCAGUUUGUAUUAUUAA